AUGGCGGAAGGAGGACAUGUACAUUCUGUACUUUUUGAGGGAACAGACGUCAAUGUUUAUGGCUCACCAGAAAAUUUACAAUUUUACCCCACUCCUUAUGAGGAUCCUGAUGGUGUAUAUUCAGCACAGUCAAAUUCCAUUUUCUAUCCACCACCAAUGCAACAAACUUUUUCACAUCAUCAUAAUUAUCAAUUUGGAGGUAGCACUGGAAGCCUUUUGAGUGCGUUUGGUACAGGCGGAUUUGCUGACGAACCACCUUUGCUUGAUGAGCUUGGAAUUAAUUUUGAUCAUAUAAAGACCAAGAGCUUGGCAGUAUUAAAUCCAUUUAAAACAGUGAACAAACACAUAAUGGAUGAUGCGGAUUUAUUCGGGCCACUUUUAUUCUGUUUGAUAUUUGGCGUUUCUUUGUUACUGACAGGAAAAGUACAUUUUGGAUAUAUUUAUGGAGUGGCAUUACUUGGAUGGGCUUCUAUUUAUUUGAUAUUGAAUUCCAUGAGUGAGUCAAGCGUAGAUGGAUAUUGUAUAGCAAGUGUACUUGGGUAUUGUUUAUUACCACUAGUACUAUUAAGUUGUAUUGGUAUCGGCAUACCUUUAAGCGAACCAUUUGGAUUCAUUAUUUCAGCCAUUUCAAUAAUCUGGAGCACAUAUUCAUCUUCAACAAUAUUUGUAACAGUAUUACAAAUGAAAGAACAACAUUUAUUAAUUGCUUAUCCUAUCGCAUUACUAUAUUAA